UCAACGACGUCACUGGAUCCAAGCAAUCCGGACCAAUCCGGAUUGGGUUGUUUGUUCGUUCGUUUCGGAACUACAAAUUUGAAAAACUUUUGGGGCGAUGCGUGAUUCGUAAACUAGCGGAGGCUUGUUUGCGACGUAGAAUAGCUACGUCAUCGUCGAAGGGCUGCUCACAAACAAAUUUGUUGUUUUCGAUAGAGGCAACCUUAGUUGCAGUCAUUCCAACAUCGGUUCCCUAACGCAGCACAUCUACUUACAGGUUCUACUCGAACGAAAUAGGAUCCAAGCAAGCAAUCAAUUCAAUUACAACCAACCGCCACCGCCUACUUCGAUCUGCGGGCGUUCGUUUUACACAGUUGCAUCCACCUCGUGUAUAUCAUCGCUGCUUCUUCCAUGUGUAUAGAGCGUCGCCAGACGAGUUCUUGACCCACGACCACCAGUGCAACGAGCUCGACAACAGCCGACCGAGUGCAGCGCAAAAUUUACAAUUGGUAAUCAACCACUUGUAAGUGAAUCUUCAUCGGGAUCAGUCGCAACCGGCACAUUGCGACUACUUUAUACAGCUACACACCACAUACUCGGUUAGCAACAGUUUGAUUUGAGUUAUACAAACGGUUCUCUAGUGCACAAUGGUGAUCAAUUUCGGAGCAGGUCCGGCCAAAUUGCCGCGCGAAGUUCUGCUGGAAGUCCAGAAGGAACUGGUGGAGCAGGGUUCCACCGGUAUGAGUGUCAUGGAGAUGUCCCAUCGGGGAGCUGCCUACAUGAAGCUGCACAACGAUACGGUGGACCUGGCUCGAGAACUCCUCAAGGUUCCCGACAAUUAUAAGGUUCUAUUGAUGCAAGGCGGUGGCACAGGCCUGUUCGCCGCCGUUGCCAUGAACUUGAUUGGUCGAACCGGAACGGCUGACUAUGUGGUGACCGGAUCAUGGUCAUCCAAGGCAGCGAAGGAAGCUGCCAAGUACGGCAAGGUCAACCAAGUUGUUGCCAAGCCGGAGAAGUUCACACGUGUUCCGGAUCAGAAGGAGUGGAAGCUUGAUCCGAACGCUUCGUACGUGUACUACUGUGACAACGAAACCAUUGAGGGCGUGGAGUUCAACGAUGUCCCGGAAACGAACGGAGUUCCCCUGGUAGUGGACAUGUCCUCCAACAUCAUGUCCCGUCCAGUGGACGUGAAGAAGUACGGCGUCAUCUUUGGUUGCGCCCAGAAGAACAUCGGCCCAGCCGGUAUCACACUGGUUAUCGUCCGCGAAGACCUUAUCGGACACCAACUGCCCAUAACCCCCACAAUUCUAGACUUCUCGAUCGUGGCAAAGGACAACUCCAUCAACAAUACUCCACCGACUUUCGUCAUCCACGUGGUAGGCCGCGUCUUCAACUGGAUCAAACGGAACGGUGGCGUCGAACAUAUGUACAAAGCCUCCCUGGCCAAGUCCAGCAUGAUCUACGAAGUGAUCGCCAACUCCAAGGACUUCUACUACUGCCCUGUCGAACGCUCGGUACGCAGCCGAAUGAACGUCCCCUUCCGCGUCGGAGGACCCGGCGGCAACGAGUCACUGGAAAAGGAGUUUCUCAAAGGAGCCGAGGCCCUAGGAAUGCAGCAGCUAAAAGGCCACCGCUCCGUCGGAGGCAUCCGCGCAUCCCUCUACAAUGCCAUCUCCGUCGCAGAGGCACAAGCCCUUAAAAAAUACAUGUUAGACUUCCUCGCUCAACAUUCAUAAGAAAGGUUCUCCUCAUUUAUUCAAUAAAGCCUCUACUAUUCUAAA